CUGCGGGCUGCAAGGGAGGAGAAGCGGCGUCUUGCAACCCCCUCGGCUGGGCCCCGGGGUAAUUCGAUGCGGGCCUGGCGAGGCUCCCCACGCUAGACCGGGGCUCGCGUCUCGGCAGCCUCCACCCACCGGCCCACCCUACAUUUAGCGCAUCAUGUGAUCCGGGAUCAAUGUGACUCCAGACACCAAUGGAUGAAUGAAUAUCCAUAUGAAGAGGAAAACAAUAAAGAAUAGCAACCCGUUUGGAAACAGAAUGUUAAUGCUUGAUGGGAUGCCGGCAGUCAGAGUCAAAACAGAGCUUUUGGAAUCUGAACAAGGGUCUCCAAACGUCCACAACUACCCCGAUAUGGAAGCCGUCCCCCUGUUGUUGAAUAACGUGAAAGGGGAGCCCCCGGAGGACUCACUGUCUGUAGAUCACUUCCAAACACAAACUGAGCCAGUGGACUUGUCCAUCAACAAAGCCAGGACAUCCCCCACCGCCGUUUCAUCCUCCCCGGUUUCCAUGACAGCGUCUGCCUCCUCACCUUCUUCAACUUCAACCUCCUCAUCGUCUUCUAGUCGUCCAGCCUCAUCCCCAACUGUUAUAACAUCAGUAUCUUCAGCAUCAUCUUCGUCAACAGUAUUAACUCCAGGGCCCCUUGUUGCCUCUGCAUCUGGUGUGGGAGGCCAGCAGUUUUUGCACAUUAUCCAUCCCGUACCACCUUCAAGUCCCAUGAAUUUACAGUCUAACAAACUGAGUCACGUUCACCGCAUCCCCGUGGUGGUACAGUCGGUGCCUGUUGUCUACACAGCCGUGCGCUCACCUGGAAAUGUGAACAACACUAUUGUAGUGCCGCUUUUGGAGGAUGGAAGAAGUCAUGGCAAAGCACAAAUGGACCCCCGAGGCCUAUCUCCCAGACAAAGUAAAAGUGACAGUGAUGAUGAUGACCUGCCAAAUGUGACCUUAGAUAGCGUUAAUGAAACUGGAUCUACGGCCCUUUCCAUAGCCAGAGCAGUUCAAGAGGUACAUCCGUCCCCAGUAUCAAGGGUCCGGGGAAAUCGAAUGAAUAACCAGAAGUUUGCUUGUUCCAUUUCACCAUUUAGUAUUGAGAGCACAAGACGCCAGAGACGGUCUGAAUCCCCAGACUCCAGAAAACGGCGUAUUCACAGAUGUGAUUUUGAGGGAUGCAACAAAGUGUACACAAAAAGUUCUCACCUGAAGGCUCACCGGAGGACACAUACAGGGGAGAAACCCUACAAGUGCACCUGGGAGGGCUGCACCUGGAAGUUCGCGCGUUCGGAUGAACUGACGAGGCAUUACCGCAAACACACGGGAGUGAAGCCAUUCAAGUGCGCGGACUGUGAUCGCAGCUUCUCUCGGUCAGACCACUUGGCACUGCACCGCCGGAGGCAUAUGCUGGUGUGAGGAAUGCUGCCCGUCCAGCUGAGCGAGAGAGCUGGAUCUCGGAGCGGCACCCAGUUCAGCAGGGCUGAAUCCCCUUCACAGUGUUAACACAAAAGGGCAUCACCAUCCCACGAUGUCUGAAACCAGAGCAGGAAACAGAAGGAACACUUCUCCUUACAGUCUGAAGGUAAACCCCAUCGCGACUCCACGAGCAUCGGCCUCACGCUGGCCUGGGAGAUCGGUGGCACGAAUGCCGAGGAGACAGGCAUAGUAUCCCGUGCUGUGUACUCUGCCAUUUAAAGAUGUUUGUAGCUUGUACAUUUUCUGAGCUGUCAGACAUUUUGUUAUUGAUACUUUAAAGGUCACCUACCGCAAAUUGAUGGCUAGAGCGAGACCUUGUAAAUGGGGAUUAUUCUCCCAUCGUCCCACCCCCGAGUCCCUUUUUACAGAAAUUUUAGUUCCCAUCUGAGUAAGACAGAAUGCACCUCCAGUCUGUUACCAGCAAGCAGCAUGAACGUAGGCAAGAAGAAGGUGUUGGAGAGGUUCCGUGACCUGAAGGGAAGGGGCACCUGGGCAGCCCUUCGCAAUAGCAGUGGCCGCAGCUAGAUAUCGCCCGCGACUUGUCACUAUGCCAUGCCCGGAAGAAACCCGACAUUGAACCUUUCAUUUGUUUGUUGUUGAUUGUUUCUGUUUUGUUUUGAUUCUGUUUUGUUCAUCUGUCCGAGCGGAGGGGCAGCGACACUUCGCUGGGAGUCCAGCCCCGGUGUCCGCCCUGGCACGGACCGGCACGGAGCUGUCCUGUAGUUGAAUAGGAAGAGCCUGUCUAAAAAAACUACUGCCCCACUUCAAAUUGCAGUGUUCUGUCACCUAGGCAUCAUCUCUUCCUGGCCCUAGUAUUUGAUUACAAGGAAUCAGGGGGGAAAGAAAACUUUCUUAGACACACUGGCACCAAGGGAAGAAGAGGUGGGGCUGCCCAGGCAAAGUCAGUGAACAUGAAAAAUCAGACAAAGCAGAGAUGGAAAUAAUGCGCCUCUUGAGGAGAAAAGCAAUAAUGAAUAAAAGGACCUUCCUACAAUAACUUCACUGAGGACUCACGUUACCAAUUUUCAUCCUUACUAAAGGGAUUGUAAGAAACACCCCAACAUUUUAGAUGUCUUGGUUACAUUUCCAGCACUGAGGUAAUCUUUCUGCUGUUUGUUGCCCUGCUUGGUCGACUACCACAAUUAAAGAUUAUGCUCCCCUUUGCUUGUUUGAAAACGGUUAUUUGGCGACUGGAAAGGCCAGGGAGGCAGGGCAGGGAAUUAACUCACAGGUUAAUGGGUCAGCCCUCCUUGGAAGCGAGGCAGUGGAGAGGGAGCACUCCCCGAGGAAAGCCUGACACGGUGCUAGUUUCCUCCCUUGGAGAGCCAAGGGUCAGUGGCUCUCCAGCAGGUUCUUCUACACAGAUUCCACUUUCUCAGCCACACCAGGGCUCAGGGGUUCUGCGUCGGCCUCUGCAGGCAUGUGGAGCCCACUCAUCCUAGGCUGAGGGUGAGAGGAAAUUGCAGUCCCAUCAACCCCCGAAAAAUAGGAGCCUUUUUGGCAGUUAGCAAAUUAUAUAGUAAACAAAGCAAUACAUCACCAACAAGCAUUCUCUCAGAAAAAUUAUCUUAUUAUUUUCCCCACUAAAAGCUGUUUUUUCAGCUUUAUGUGGCUAAGGGGCUUGGUGAGGUUUUUAGUUAUUGUUGUUAAGAUUUUUUAUAGCUUAGAUAUAAAUGUUACCAGCAUAUAGCUAGACCUUUGCAGUAUACUUUAAUUACAAACACUUGAUUUUGGGAAUCGCACAAAUUAACCUCACAAUAUUACUAGCUCAGUUUUAAAUGUUUGAAUAUUAUGAAAUAAUUUACAGUUGCAGAAUUAUCCUUUUUAGAAUCAUCUUCUAAUUCAGAUAAUCUUAUUCUGAUGAAGCAAGAACUAUAAACCUUGAAACAAAGACAAUUUCUGUUGGAUGGUAUUAAAAGAAAUUUUUUUUAAUCAUUCAAGCAACAGCAUAAUGAUUUUCAGGUCAAAUUCUGUCUUCAGAAAUAUGUGUUCUGCAUUUUCUGCCAGGUCUGAAAAAUUCAUCAGCAAUUUUUUUCUCCAACAAGGGCUGCAAUUCGAUUGAUAAAUAGCUUCUUUAGCUACACAAUCUACUACCCACCAAGCACUGGGAUUUUUUUUUUUUUUUACCAACUGGAAAGUUUUUUUAUCUGUACUGUAUGUAACUCCUCUUCUCCUGGCCUGUGACCAUCGGGAAUGAAAAAAAUGGUUUCUUGACGCACGCCAGCAUUGGUCAUGGUUAUUGGUCAGCAGCACAGAACAGACUGGUGCACACAGUCAGGGAACUCUCUUCACCAGCCCCAAAACCUGGUUGGCAGGCAGUAGGUGCAUCGCUCAGGUGAAGUGUAGACUUGAUUUAAUUCUGUCUGCUCAUGAGAGGAGCCAAUCCUGUUCUGUGCUGAGAGAUGUCUUGAGAGUGUUACAGGUAGAAAUGGUUUCUAGAAUUCAUAGAACUGACAGGCAGUGGGAGCUUCCUGAGUGACAGCUUGAUUUAAAUUUAGCACCGAACUACAUGAGCUGCUCCUCUCUAAUAAUAUGGGAAAGAUUCAGGAAAGUGAGUUUUUCUUCCUCAUCCUCUGAAAGUGGAAACCAGGCUGAGACAGUACGUUGACUGAGAAAACCCGUCAGUGUUCCCCCUUUGACUUGUCCGUUCUUCUACGGCGGGACCCAAGCACAAGGAGUGAAUGAGUGGCUGGUCUAUCCCCAGGACUGAAACUUACUUGGGGCUUGUCUCGGGACAUAGCAAAUGCUCUUUGUUAAGUUUUCUACAGAUGAUUUCCCAUGGAAAGGAAAGUAGUUUGGGAGAGGAAGAACGGAAUUCUUAAGUGGGAAUAUCUUUAGGCAUAGAAAAGCCUCCUCUGUUUUGUCUUCUGUCCACUGUAGCCUCUUUUUCAAAAGCACAGUAGAUGAUGAACAACAGCAAAGUAGUAGAAUCCAGGGGACUCAUCAGAAGUUCCCUAACUAGCAGCAUUCUUCGGUUUUAAAGUUGCAGCUGUUCAGUCACUUUGCAGAAGGACAUGUGCAUGUUUGGGAACUUCCACCCAUGUGGCGCAAUGGCUUGAGAAGCUGCAGUAAGCCUAUCUCUUUGCAUUGUGGAGAUGUGAGUUCAAGGGGGUUAAUAUUAUCUGCAAAGUUAUAAGGUUCAGGCUUUAAGGUUUAAAUAGAUUCCCCAAUCUGAAGGUGUUAGAAAAAAAUUCGCACUUUCGCAUCAUCCUCCAGCCCCAUCCUGUCAAUUGUGUGUGGAUUCGGAGAAGCCCGCUUGAUAACUUGUCUUGUGUUCUGAAAUUCCUAAUGGCUUCACCGUGAAGGUCAUACUGCUGCCUGGCGUCACUUCUGCAGAACACUAUAGGACAUUUAUUAAAAAAAAUAGUUGAAUAACAGUAACACAAACCACAUUGGGGGGGGAAGAGCACUUUUUUCACUUUAAAGUUGAAGUGGACAAUAGGAAGAGGAUUUUCAAGGGGAGAAAAUCUUACAAAAAGCCACCAUGUUUACAGUGCCAGUUGCAGGUUAGAAAGGCCAUCCCCUUAAUGGUUGAAAUUUGAAUAGCUCACGCAAAGCUUGUGGUCAUUUUUAUACAACUUUUUUUAACUUCAAAUUGCCAUUUGUGUUUUCAACAUAAGUGUAAUCCCACACUUUGAAAUCAGUUCAUUAGAAUAAUAACAUGUAUAUGGAUAAAGGUGUAGUAUUCCUUAUUCUGUACUUUAUUUAUUAUACUUACCAAAGCUGCAGUUGAAUAAAGCCGGAGAGGUGAGGCCUUCAAAUGUAUUAAUACGCCUUUGUUAUGUUGUUAUGACUGCUUAGAAAUGUAGCCAUAAUGUUGUUAUAAAGGUGUCUUAACAUUUAUAGUAAGGAUUGACAGAAUUUCAGCAGUGUUAAGAAUACCAGCAUCCAUGAUAUAUUGAGUUAUAGCCUUCAUAUAAAGGACCGAACAUGAGGUAACUCUUACGAAUCAUAAAUAGGCCCAGGAAGCCUUAAUACUCAUAGUCCAUAAUCCAGUCUCAGAUUUUGCUUUUUACUGAUCUAAUGCCUGUAGAUUUAGGAAGUAAAUGUAUCCUCCAACCUCAUUGACCAGCUCUCUUCCUUCAGUUUUUCUGAGGUAGUGUAUCUCAUUACAAAAAUCUUUCACUUUGAUUUGGUUUUGUUUGAAAAUGAGGUUCUGUAAGUGGUGUCUUCCAUAUUACAUUUCUACUUAUCCCUACACUGCCGCCUACUGACCAUCCCGGGCACCGCCAGUACAUGCUCACCUGUACGCACACCUGUAUAUGCAGCAGCCAGGGGGCUCCUGAAUAUCAACAACCACCUUUUUUUAAAAGAAUGAAUUUGUAAUAAUCCAUGCUGUCUACAAAUGUAAGUUAUUUACCUUAUUAGGGAAUCAGCUUAUAAUGCUAUAUAUGACUUUGCCUGCAUUUUAUAGUUAAGAAGUGUACAUAAAGAUUUUAAAUGCUAUAUUUUCACAGGUUCAUUAUAGAGUAAUGUCUGUUUAGCAACCCAUGUCCAUUGGUACUUUAAAUAUGCUAAAUGCUGUGCAAUUGCGAUAGAAAUUCAGAUUUUCAUAAGAAAAUGAAAUUGAGGAUACUGCAUCUUUAAAAAAAAAUCGAGUGAAGCUAUUUUAUUGUAUUCGUAACCUAUGUGAUAAUGGAAAAAGUAUUUUCAAACUCACAAAUUUUUCAGAGGUUGUAAAUAGUUUGAUGAAGUAUGUCGGGGAAAAGAGCUUCUAGUUUUCAUCACAAUAAAAAAAGAAAACCUGUUCAGAUAUGCCUUGUAUGUCUCACACACAGUCAGUGGUGUCGCCACGGAACCCGCUCCCACUGUCCCACAGCACAGCCGUCGUGCGCUGGUGGAACGGAGUGGCCACUUGUCUCAAGUUAGCCAGGGUGGUUUAAAACACAGUGAAGUCAUUUUAAGUUGCAGUCAGCUGAUUCCAAACUCAAAAUGUCUUUACCUGAAAAGGGGGAAACAGCUGCACAGGAUUUUACUUGUGCUAAAGAGAAGCAUCGAGCAAUUGUUCCCUUUCCUCAGUUAUCUUCCUCCUCAGCCAAGUAGUUCUUGAUGAAAAACAAAACAAAACAAAACGAACAACAAAAAAAACCUGUACAGUGUUUAUUCAUGUUUAAUUCCAGGGGGAGUACUUUUAGGAGUAGCUAAGUGUUGACAAGAUUAAGUGUUAUGGAUACGGCCACGUGUUUAAAGGAAUCUAUACUGGCAAUAGUAAUAAGCUAAUGCCCAUUUCCAGAAAUGAAUUGAAAGCUGAAAGUGCCUGUCAGUGAACAUUAUGACCAAUGAGCUAUCCCUAAACUUUACACAGCAAUAAUUCCUCUUCGGACUGGGUUUUUCCUCUACAUUUGGGAACACGUGUGCAUAUGCACAUAGUAAAUUGGAUCUGUUCACACACCCACAAAACACUCUUGGGGCUUUUGAAGUAUGCCCCAUCUUGUUUACGUGAGCAUUUAUUAAUUUAAUCUUACAUACAGAAUGUAAGAAUGCCAAUCUGAAUAUUAAAGUUGCCUUCAACAUACACUAGGGCAUAUGGCAGUUAAAAUUUUGAGAUAAAAACUUCACUGUGAUUUGCCGCAGACUUAGGAAGCACUGAGGAGGCCUCAAAAAGUUUUGCUUAGUUAACAAAAGACAAUGUGUUUAGAGUAAAACACUAGAAACAUUUGCUUGUCUUACUUUAUUUUCCCCACCAAUAUCAAAUGCAUGAAUCCAUCUUUGUUUCCCCGUGUCCCUGAUAUUUUCUGUUUUCAUCCAGGAGCCAUUUUGGAAUGAACAUCGACACAAUCGUUUAUCCCUAAAAGGUCUACAGGAGUGUAACUGACAUUUAGUAAGCCAGCCUUUAACCAAAGUUUGCAGUUAGUCCUGGAAAUUUCCAGAUACACAUUUAGAACCUGACAACCUUUUCCUAUAAUUAUUUACUGCUGAAAUUGGAGUCAUGAAUAGAAAUAUACGACAAGAUUUUAUGGAUAGACAAGAGCCCUGAAACUCUCCAGCCCUGCCAUCUCAGCACAGAUCCACCCAAACAAGCUACUGAGGGCUCUCGGCAAAAUUAUACUCCUUCAGAGCCAAACAUUUGGUCAGAGUAAUUGAGCAAGUAUAAUGGUAAUUAAACACUCGGGCUUUAGACAGUGGGGACAACCAGGGUGGACAGUGUUCUCUAGAACCAGACCCCAGGCCGAGAAAGCCAUCUGGCCUUCCCUCCUCCAGGUUUCAGAAGGGAGAAGGAGAAGGAAAUGAGCCAGGACGGGGUGUGAAAGAGCCGACUAAGUGUCAAAGGAAAGCUGCUGGGUUCCUUACCCUCGCUGAGUCAAGUCUCCUGACUGGGCUGCUUUCUGGGAGCUGUCAGGAAGUACUCAAGGAACCUGAAAGGUCAAAAUUUAGCAAGCCAUCAAAUAAUGGCUGUGUAUCAAAUGCUUGCGAUGUGCCAAGCACUGUACUGGGUGAUUAUUAGACACAUUACCUCUCAGGUGUACGACACGACAGUUCUACACGUUACGGCUGGGAGACUGAGGCGCAGAGGGAGUGGCUGAGUUGUCCUCCGACAGGGAGGUGGGGGUGCGAGGCUACCUGUCGCUGCCUCUGAAGCCCGUGUUCUUCCCACGCUGCACAUGUGCUCCCAGCAGCCAGCUUUCCCCAUCUGACUCUUCAGUAGUUUCUGUUGUGGAAGCGUAGUCAUCACAUUUUCCCAGUAAGAAACAGGGACCUGAUAGAGCACGUGAUUGGACAGUGGUCCAGAGGAUUUGAAAUCUGUCUUCUCCUCAAAACUCACACAUGAAGGGUCACUACAAGGGACUUACAAUAAGCAGGUGUCUCCCUGAACUUGUCCCUGUCCUCACACCACUGUCCUCCUAAAUGUGUGGCCUGAAGAUCCAGAUCAUCAGAACUCUUCCCUAUUUCAUAGCAUUUUAGCCGGAGUGGGUUUUUAUGAUUCUAUGUAUCUCUUUAGGCGUACUGAAAGCCUUUCCACCUGUGUAGCCCUGCCAGACUCUGCUGAAGGUGCAUCUGAAACUUUGACCUCCACAGAGCUGGUUGUUAUUAACAGAGCCCAUCCUUGGCCAUUGUUAAUGGGGUGGCAGUCGCCAACACUCAGGCGAUGAGCAAGGAGAGAUAACAGAUCAGUCCUUUUCAGAUUUCCCACCUAACGGCACCGCCUUGGACUGUUUUAAAUAAUCUUAUAAAUAAUUUGUUUAUAGUAUUGUUAGUUUAAUUGAAUUUUUGGUGAGAAGCCGGCCAACAUUAGAGAGAUGAAAUGCCCUCCUCCUUUUCUGUGUAGAACCAGGUCUCUGACAGUAUUGAUUCAUAGAAGUACUAAUGGACUUAGAAAACAUUAAGAGAAUGGCAUUUCUCAUGGUGUUUCUUUUUCUGAAAAUGAGUCUCCUGAAUUAUGAUCUUUCUCCCUGUUACUUGGCUGAGGGAAGAGAUCAGCCCGCAUAAACAAAUUCCCUUCUGUGCUGAAAGCCAGGGUUCCGCAUACACAGCCCACUUCGGGAAGGUUUCUCUUCUCAGUUAAUUGGGUUUCACAAGCAAUAAUUUCUCAACAACAAAACCACAACUUUCAGUGAGAUGAAAAGAGAUGAAUAGUGGAAAUACUCUCAUCAGUACCUUUUUCAUUCUAGACUCCAUCUCUAGAAAUUCAGAAUAUUUGAGACAAGAGAGUCUGCUCUUUGUGUAAAGCAAGAAUCACUGGCUCUUCGUAUGAAUUAUUCUAUCUUGCUUUUCCAAAGCAGGCUUACCGAGACUUUUACAGAGAUUGAUUUUUUUGUUGUUGAGAAAUGAGGGCGCAUAGAAGAGUAAUAGUAUUUGGGUCAAAUUCUAGUAAAAGUGCCCAAGUAAUCUCAAAGUAAGAUAUUUUAAAGACCUACCAACAUCUUUCCUUUCUGCUAAUUUCAUGCUCCAAAGAUACAGCAUAAAACAUUAUAUAGAAAAUGCUUUUGGCCUACUUGUGCUUUUAGUUUUCCCAGAGCAGAGUUUUGUAAUUACAUCCAGGCUUUAGUAUAUAUUUUGUUCCUCACACUUUAUUACAUUGGAUGGGUAUUGUUGAACUGGGGCACUGGUGCCUAUAUUCAAGGCUCUUUCCUAUCAACUUGUCUGUCCACAAUUUGUUGUGUUUUAAAUUCAUGUUUAAAAGCCACCAUCCCCCCACGGAGCGGUGGCUGUCUUGUUUUGUUCAUGUCUGUGGGACGCAUUGCAUCACAUGGCAAACCACCUCUGUGGAAGUGAGAUAGCUACUCACAAAACCAGCUUUGAAAACAUCGUCUUAUGUAUUAUGUCAUCCUACAUCAUUAAUGCAAUUAUGUGCAUCAUAACACAUUCAUUUUUCAAACAGAAGAAACCAGCAAAUUCAUGUUUGUCCAUAGAAGAAUGUACUCAGAACUUUCUGUGUUGUGAAACGAUGAGAACAGACCACCUUUAAGAUACCCACCUGCCACUUAAAAUGACUUAGUUAUAAUUAGUAGUAGUCUAGACAUUGCUUUCGGUGUGUGUGUAGGGGGGUAGGGGGGUCAACUCAAAUGUCAUAUUCUUUUGAAAAAAAAUCAGUCGCAUUUAAAAAAAAUAUGUGGGAAUAAAGAAAACCAUCAUCUUUGGCCAAAUCAAGCAGGCAUCUUUUUCCUUUUCCUUAACAUUUAGCUCAUUAUACAUGGUGAUUGGAUUAUAAAAAUCUAUCUGUGUGAAAGUACAAAAAUGUCCUUUAGGUUACAAAACUGUUAUUCCAGGCCUGAAGCCCCUGGACAGCAAAUUGAAUAGAUGUGCUGCAUCUGACCCACUUGGCGGAUGUAAUUUUACAAAAGACUCUUGGGUCUCUGGCCCCAGAGAGUCCGAGUGCCCAGAGGAGGGCCCGCGCGUUAAAGUGGAAACCCCACCCCCAGUGAUGCUGGCAAGCAAAUGUGUUCGUUUCUUAGAUCUUCAUUUGGUUUUCUGUUCAGAGUUUUCAUUACAAAUGAAUUUAUUUCUCCAGCUUAUCUAAAGAUCUAAUUUCCCAAUAGUUUCCUCUGCAUUUAUAUACUCUGUAGUGUGUAGGCAGACCCUGUUAUAAGUUUAUUAAGAUUAUGUAAGUGUUGUUCUUGUAUUUAUGUAUAGUGUAUGUAUUGUAAAUAUACUCAGAGCUUUUUUCCUUUUACUGUAAAAUGGUGAUUUUUUUUUGCCCUAUGAUGAUGUAAAGGGAUACCCCCAAUGAGAUUCUCUCAGAGGAUGAUUAUUCCAGUCUAUUCUCAGAGAUUUAAAUGAACAAGUGUUAUCGUUUUUAAUGGUGUCUCAGACAUAUUCUGUUGGUGCAUUGCUUUUCUGUAUUCAACUUUCCUAUGAAUUGAGCUGUGAACUGAAUAGAGUUUAAACCUUUAACUGUAUGCAUUUGUAUAAUUAUCUGAAUGAAGGCAUGAAGGUUAAAUAAAGCAUUUUGUAUGGAACAAAACUCCCUAAUUAUUAUUAAGGCUGACUCAGACACUUUGGAAAUCACAGUUAUUAACCAUCCUAAUUAAACCUUUGUUAUGAAAAGUUUUACCAUUUCUGUGUAGUAAUUUAAAACACAGAACUAGACUCUAUAUUUAAAAAUGCACUGGGUUUUUAUUUCAUAACAACCAGCACCCAAAGAGGGAUUCCUAACUUAAUAUUUUAAUGAAUGUAAAACUAAAAA